UUCCUUGUUCACUAAUUUUGCCCGGCUCCAAAUUAUUUUUUAUCAGUCCUAGUUUUUCCUCUAGCUUUUCCAAGAAGCUUCGUUAUCUCCUCCCCCCACAACAUCAGCAUGUCACCGUCUGCUGACGGAACCGUCAAAUGCGCCUGCCGAUCCGCCGAUUAUGGUCGUUUAAGUUCGGUUGACGGGACUUGCUCGCAUUGCGCCGGAUCAAAACCUUCGUCAAAUUCUUCCUCUGCGCUUGCUUUUGGUACGGUUCCGUUAACGCAGUCGGAGAAGUUGCGGAGAUUCAUUGUCGCCUCAGCUAAAGGUUUCUCGAUCGGGGCUGGCCUUAGAGGUGGAUUAGCUCUCUUCUCGAUUAUAGCACGGUUACGGCACAAAAAAUCAAGGAAAGUUGAGUCGUUUUCUGAUAAAGAAGCGAUUGUUGUGGGGAUCAAAGAGACUAUUAGAUACGGUCUUUUCCUUGGUACUUUUUCGGGUACAUUUGUUUCUGUAGAUGAAAUUAUUGUUGCUCUCGGGGGACAUCACAGGACUGCAAAGUGGAGGGCGUUAAUAGCGGGACUUGUUGCAGGUCCUUCCAUGCUUCUUACUGGACCUAGUGAACAACAUACGAGUUUGGCCAUAUACAUACUCAUGCGAGCUGCCGUAUUGGCGUCACGCUGCGGAAUGAAGAGUAAACGAUUUGGGAAGCUUUGUAAACCUCUUACAUGGAAGCAUGGUGACAUAUUCCUUAUGUGUCUCUCUUCUUCGCAAAUUUUGUCCUCUUACCUUUUGAAGCCAGAGAGUUUUCCCCCUUCGUAUAGGUCAUUUCUCAAUAAACAUGUUGGAAAGGAUCAGGUCAUCCUGCAAGGCGUUAAAGAGCAUGCAAGUGGCCUUCCAUACACUAAUUUGGAAGCAAUAGAGAAAUUUUAUAAGGCAAAAGGAGCAGACGUUAAAUUAGAUCCAAAUAUGAAAAUCCCAUGUUCGAUGAUACACGGGAAUCAAGCAUGCAGUUCACAUGUUUUUACUUUUUUUAGUGAAGCAUAUAAAAGAUCAUUACCGGUCUAUCUUCCAGUUUAUUUGAUUCCUACACUAAUAGUUCAUCGUCAAGGCCUCCUAAAAAGGCCUUACACAAUAUUAGGGAAGAGUCUUCUUGGUACAGCCAGAUCAAGCUUAUUUUUGUCUGCCUAUACCGCAUCUGCUUGGAUGUGGACUUGCAUGGUGAAUAGAUUUUGGGGAAAAUGUGACAUACCAAUUGUAGCAAUGGGAACGUUCCCAACGGGUCUGGCAUUGGCAAUUGAGAAGAAAAGUAGGCGGAUCGAGAUAUCACUCUACUGCGUUGCACGAGCCAUAGAGAGCUUGUUUACAUGCAUGGCAGAUGUUGGGUAUUUGCCGAAGUCAAUGAAUCUGAAGAGGGCUGAUGUGGUAAUAUUUAGCUUGUCAACAGCGAUAAUAAUGCACUGCUACGCACAGGAGAGGGAAGUGUUCCGUUCCAAGUACUUAAGUGUUCUUGAUUGGGUCUUUGGUGUGCCCCCUCCCCCAUGUGAAACUCCUCCCUGCAAAAACAGAUGAGCAGUUCGCAGGGCUUUGGACUCAGGUAUUUGCUGGCAGCCACCGAAGUGUUCGUCUUACGACUCUAAUUGCAUGUUGGGGCUAAAGGCUUGAAUCCAAGCCCUGGUGCGGAAAGUCCUCGAAUUCAUGUAUUCUUCUCUUGGGUCUGCACGGGUGUGCUGUGGGACUUGUACUAAAUAUAGCAAUGCAUUUUGAAUGAGAUUCCAAGAGCCUUUGAUUCGGAGCUCAUUUAGCUAAUCAAAUCCUAAAUCAUAUUAUGAGAA